ACGCCCCGGGCGGUUCUGAGUUCCUGUCAUUCGAACCACGCCUGGCGAAGCUUGAGAUACUUGCCACUACCCCGACCAACUUAUUUGUGACCACACCCUACACUCCCGGAACAAGCGUACCAAUGGCCGGAAUGGCCCGACAAGGCUCGGCCAGUGCCUACCAGGGCUUUUCCGUUUGCCAGCCGGCACUCGGAUCGGCCCUGCAGUGGCUCCCUGCCAUCGGCACCCCUGAACUCGACGACAUGAUCAACGCCUUCCUCCCCGGCCCGGCUUCCAUUCAGGACAAGCGGGCCCACAUCGCCAUGGACUUCUUUGAAUACGCUCGCCAGACUGGCGAGACCUUCAAGUUCUAUCCUGUUCCCUCGGCAUCCUUCACUCCGCUUACUGCGUCUCCGGCUACCACUCUGUACGACUCGGGCUACGGCUCAAACUUCAACCUCUCCCCAACCAUCUCGGAGCAGGUCCCCUGGACCCAAUCUUCCACGACCUUCACUCCCUCAGUAUCCUCCAGUGUCGGAAUCAAGCCACGUCCUGCUGCCUCCAAGAAGUCCAGCGUCUCCAGCACACGGCAGCACACUACGGACUUCGCAAAUCACCCCGGCAUGCGAAUCAUGACUAAGGACGGCCGUGAUGUCACCAACUCUGCUUCUCGUGGCUGCAAGACUAAGGAGCAGAGGGACCACGCCCACCUGAUGCGCAUUAUUAAGGCUUGCGACUCCUGCCGACGCAAGAAGAUCCGCUGCGACCCCAGUCACAAGAAGAGGGCUGCCUCGCAAGCUUCCCCUGCUCAGGCUGAGCAAAAGCCUGCCAAGAAGUCUAAGAAGGCCCAAGAGCCACCUCCAGCACCAUCAAUCGAAGCUGCAACCGACUUCAUUCUCGACGGUAGCCUCAACACAGCGUUUGACUUCCCCUCCUUGGACGCUAGCUCCCAGGAAUUUGAGGAGUACUGGAACCAAUUCGUCUCCUUUGAGGAGCCCGUUGCAGUACCCAACGAUCAUUUCGUUGAAGACUUUGAUUUCACCUCCUUCAUCGACUCACAAGACUUCUCUUCGCCAAGCUCCCUGUCUUCGGCUUCUCCGUCACAGCUCUUCACCCCGUUCACACCGGCGGCUUCCGGCACAUCACCCACUGUCUCAACUCCUGUUGUUGAUGUCGCGGGCGAUGUCUCGCUUGAUGACCCGACAGUACCAUACCUCAAUCCGGAUGUUCUCCAUGGCACAAACUAUGUCGAUUUCAACCUGUACUCGCCUGGUCCCGACUCUUUCGAUGAAGACCCUGUUCUUCAGAUGAGGGACGUUUCCGUCGUCCGCGGAGCCGCCGUUGAGAGGUCGCGACACAUGCAAGUACCGGAUGUCAGCGCAUGGUCUGUCAAUGAACUAGCCUCCAGUGAGAGGCCAGAUUGUGAUCCUCUGAACGAUGUCGGCCCGGUCAAUCCAGCACUUCCCGAUGGACCCCAGUCAUUCGGCUAUUCACCGCUGUUCUCCCAGGUUGAAUGGACCCGCGAGGGUGGCUCGUCACCAGAGCGACCAGUAUUCUUCCAGGGUCACUCUGUGAAUGUCGACGCUCCGGAGGGCUAUGCUGCGCAGUCCCCUACCGUUGAUGAGCACACAUCGAGCAUUGUGGCGGCCAACAUUGUCCCGUCGUCAGUUAGUCUGGGCUCAUCACCUCGACCCAGGAGGCCACCACAGGAUUCGCCUGGCCUGACGGGCUUGCCAUCUUACCCUGAGUCUACCCCAGGGGUUGCCGGUCAAUUACACAGUCUUGAACGUGCUUCGGCCCCUGAGAAGGGAUCACGUUACUGCAAGAUUGGCUCGCCGUCAACAAAGGGCCUGACUGGCAUCGAGCCUCAUUCGUGGAGCGUUGCCGAUGGACAACAUGGUGUCUCGCAGGGUACAUCUGUACCUGGUGUACCUGGUGUCGCUUCAUUGGCGACCGAGUUGAUCUCAACCAUUCCGGCCCGGCGCAUUGUCUCGGGAGAAGUUUCGAAGGAUGAUUCGACCUAUUGUUGGUUCCUGUCAUCCAUCUUCUUCUUCCAGCUUGCCGUGUUCGGUCUUGUCUCGUUCCUAUGUGCAUCUGCACUGCAGACACACCUGGCAAGUCAAGCCAACUUUGUUAACAUCCUCACCUUCGCAUCAUUAUCUCUUGCCUCCCUGACAUCUCGGUGUCUGGGAGCUUCGAGCGCGACACGGGUCGCCUCGAAGACCUUGCCAAUACCGACGGCUUCGGGCAUCAUCGACAAUGUCAAGUCGAAGAUUCAGGCCGUUGACCAGAGCCUAAGGGGCCUCAGGUCAACGGCAUCUCGGCGAGCGAGGGACUCAGUCCCCCGCUUCACGUCGGUCACGUCUUUCAAGGGCUAAGCCUUGGAAGGUGUGGGGCAGGUGUAUGAGAUCUGUGUCGAUGUUUUGUUUGUUAGCGAUUGGUUUUUGACUAUGAUACCCCGGGUUUGGAUUUUGAGACAAGUGUCGUCCUCUUCCUUGCAUGUACUGUAUUCA